GUAUUUUUGUGCCAGGUAAAUCCUCAAAUAAUCAAAAACUUCCUGUUUCUUUGUGUUUAGAUUUCCACUAAAUAACACCAAACCGAAACAGGACAUGUACUCUAGUAUGCAUGAAGCCUUGUUGCUCUCAGAGACGGAGGAACAAGCUGAAAAACAUUACGAAAGGACCAUUACAACCACACAGCCAGAGAGACAGUUUUCUCCCACUCCCAUUGUUGAACAGACAGACCGGAAGGAGACUGCUGAUUUGGCCUGGAUGUUUGGAAUCCUCAGCUGCUUUUGCUGUAAUAUAUUAUUAGGAAUCGGCGCCAUUUACUUUGCAAACGAGGCAACCAAUUUUUUCAAUGAACGGAAGAUUGUCAGUGGGAUUUCUCUUCGGAAAUGGUCGUACUUCUUAGUUUUCUCGCCUUUUUGACGGGAAUAGCGACUAUCGUCUUAGUGGUAUAUUUUGUACUGUAGCUGCCGUCAAAAGAGUGACAAGGAUACCCGAGAGUUUGUCUCUAGACUCUCCAUUCUACCUGGAUAAUUAAGAAUCCACAACAGAUUCAAAUAGCCUUCAUAAAAUAUAUUCACGCAUUUAUUUAAGCGACAAUGCACAGAAGAAGAGGUGGUCAAUAUGCCUCCUGUUUAAUUUAAUGUUUACUGUUCAGAAUUUGAUAAAUCUGUUCAUGAAGUUACAAAACAGAAAAUUAUGACUUUUAAUGUGUGACGAUUUUGUUUUACUGUCAUAUUUGCCUUGGCUACACCCCUCCUCACUGUAAAAAUAACUUAACUCUAGUUAGAGUAACUAAGAAGACUAGUCAAUUUACUGCCGAUCAAUCACUACCUUAAAAGUAGCUUUACUUGGUUUUUGU